CGCGGCUCUGCGCAGCUUGGCACUGCACGUCAGUUUGCCUAGCCCCACAAUUUUUCCUUGAAUUUUCAAAAGGACAACAUUUGUGCAUUUGUUGUAGCCCCCUUUCUGCUAGCAAGGUUCCUCUGGUUUCCUUAGACAAUUUGUGGCGGGGGGACUUCAGUGCAAAACAGACUGAGAAAUACUUGCCAAGAAGGCGACUGGAAAAUCCCUAGGUUUGUCUAUUGUGUUGCUAGAACCCUACCCGCUUCUGCAUCCAUGACAUGAAUAUCAAUUCAGGUGCCCUUGAGACGUUGUCAGGUUUGGAAAACCACAACUUGCUCCUAGAAUCUUGGACUUGAACCUUGUUCCGGAGAACCUAUGACAAGGAUGAGUCACCCUAUUCUAUCCAGUUAAAGUUGAACAGAAGUUCAGUGGAGCCAGUUCCCUGGAUUGUAUCCAGGGUUUUUGCUUUGGGAAAGAAUUGAGUCUUUAAUAGGAAGGCAAAGAGAAGAUCCAAGUAAAGCCUGGCCUGGGAGUGCCCCAAGAACUAAGAUGAAGAUUGACUAACUUACGAUCAAGUUUUCAGUCUCUGAGUGGGCGGAGAGAGUGCUCUUACCCCAAGUGGCCUUGGUCAAAUCACUGUCCAGCCUGAACUUUCCGUCAUACUGACAAUCAAGUAAAGAGCCACCUGAUGCUGCCUGGGGACAUUUGGAUUGGCUGUGUUGUCCUCUCUGGGGUCCGAUUCAAAGCAACCUGUCUGAAGGUGCAGUGAAGUCCCAGGUGAAAGAACUGUCAUAGGAAUGAGGCGGGAGGGAACCUGACAAAACACAAGAAAAACCAGCUGCUGUUGACCAGCAUUGUAAACCACCUCUUCCCUGCAGUCCCACAGUAAUCUGGCCUCCAUCCUGGUUCCAGUAAAGGCAGAAGAUUUUUCCUGAAGGAGUAGCCCAGAAAGCAGCUUUCCUUGAGGAGCCUUGUUUCUUUGGACCCACCAGCUGGCCAUAGCCCCUGCAGAAUGUCCAACCAGGAUCUGAGUAUUGCAGCAAAACUCAUCAAUGGAGGUGUGGCAGGGCUCGUGGGGGUGACCUGUGUGUUCCCUAUUGAUUUGGCCAAGACACGACUGCAGAACCAGCAUGGAAAAGACAUAUACAAAGGAAUGAUAGAUUGCCUGAUGAAGACAGCGAGGGCAGAGGGCUUCUUGGGCAUGUACCGAGGGGCUGCAGUAAACCUCACCUUGGUCACUCCAGAGAAGGCCAUCAAACUGGCAGCCAAUGAUUUCUUCCGGCAGCUGCUCAUGGAAGAUGGGAUGCAGCGGAACCUAAAGAUGGAGAUGCUGGCUGGAUGUGGGGCUGGAAUGUGCCAGGUGGUGGUUACCUGUCCCAUGGAAAUGCUCAAGAUUCAGCUGCAGGAUGCUGGACGCUUAGCUGUCUCUCAUCAGGGCUCGACCUCGUCACCUUCCUCCUCCAGGUCCUAUACUACUGGUUCUGCUUCCACCUACAAACGCCCAUCUGCCACCCUCAUUGCCCGGGAGCUGCUCCGCACUAAGGGCCUGGCUGGUCUCUACAAAGGCCUGGGUGCCACUCUCCUCAGAGAUAUUCCCUUCUCCAUCAUCUACUUCCCAAUGUUUGCCAACUUGAACAACCUUGGGGUCCAUGAGCUUACUGGGAAGGCCUCCUUUGUUCAUUCCUUCAUGUCAGGCUGCGUUGCAGGUUCCAUGGCUGCUGUUGCAGUCACACCUCUGGACGUUCUGAAAACUCGAAUCCAAACCCUCAAGAAAGGCCAGGGUGAGGACAUCUACAGUGGGAUCAUGGAUUGUGCCAGGAAACUCUGGAUUCAGGAAGGAACAUCUGCCUUCAUGAAGGGAGCAGGCUGCCGGGCCCUUGUCAUAGCACCCCUCUUUGGGAUUGCCCAGGGUGUCUAUUUCAUUGGAAUUGGAGAGCAUAUCUUAAAGUGUUUUGAGUAGAUCCAGCUGGAUCACAGUUCCUCACUUGCUCCCACCCCUCUUGCCUGUUUCACUUAGAUUAGAAGGGUAUGGGGGUAAAGGUGAUCCCCACAUUGUAUUUUGUCCUCUAACUCAUAGAGCUACCUCAGUCUCAGAAGAAACAACCCUAUUCUAAUAAGGCAGGUUCAGUAUAGCCUUAUUCUCCCUUUAUGAAACCUACAUUCAUUGUCCUGCUACCAGGAACACUCAGAAACACCUAAUCACCUAAUUUCAAUAAGAAUAGCAUACACUUUUGAAUUACAGGACCUUCACAGACAGUAAAGACAGAAGGGCUGUUUUUGUAAUUUAACAUUUCUAUUUCACAAACAGUAUACUUGAGUCAGUGUGAAGAUUUAGUUUAAGAUUAGUCUAAGCAUUGAUGUUGAGGAAAAGGAAGAUCAGAAGUCCAAGGGCUGAAGGUAUAGCUUAGUGGUAGAGCACUUGCCUAACAUGCACAAGACCCUGGGUUCCAUUCCCAGCACCACAAACAAAAGUCCAAUGGGACCAAAACCAGCAUCUUAUUUGAACCAGGCACCCACUUGCACAUCACAGAUAGCUUAGUGGACCUAACUGAGCAGCCUGGUCAAGUCCAGACAGUCAUUCUGCCCCAAAUCCUUCUCCUGGAACAUGGACUCUCACAGACCUUUCCCAAUGGCUGUCCACAGACUAUAUGAAAUAAAGCUGAAUGGUGAAAAUCUUGUAAUAGUGGGCACAGAAGACAGGUUGCAAGGAAUAGUGUCCAAUCUUCUCUUCUGUAUCCACUUAAGAACCAAACUAGUUUUUAGAGCACUAUAGCAGGUCACUACUACACUGAAAACUGUUACUUAUCUAAUGGGGAUGGAGAAUAGUCAGAAGGACACUUCAUUUUAUGUUUGAAUCCUGACCCUCUCUACCCUUCACAUUGAGGCACUCAGUCAGCUGUGACAAGAGUUCUCUUCAUGGGCCUCAAUUCCUUCCUCCAUAGAUUGCUACAGAAAAGAGAAAUAAUGUCACACAAAUGGGGUCAAGUCCUGAGGAAAAAAUAUCUAUUCCAAUAGCUAGUGUCUACAUUAGUUCCCAUCUAACAAAACUUGGGUUGAGGAGGAAAGUGGAUGGUACUAAAAAUGGUCAGGCAGAGUGGCCUCAUUCUAAAAGAACUGCCCUCCAGACAGACCAAGUCAAAAUGCCAACUCUGCCACUGACUAGCUACAAGCCCUUGGACAGCUUUCUAUCACCUGACAAAAUACAGAAUGGGGAGUGGGAGGAAGGAAGAGAAAGAUCUCUGAAAGGAUUUUAGCCUAGCAGUAAGUAACCCUCUUUUAUACUUGCCCAAAUUAAUAAAAUGAUUUCCUCAAUAAAGUUUGACAAUCCA